CAACAUCUGCCGAGCUCGUCGCUACAUAUUCUCACCUCUCUCUCACGAUAAGUAAAUCCUCGACACAAUGUGAGACUUCUUUUCUUCCCCUCAGUUUUUCCGUGCCUCACUUUCUACCAUGCAAUUUUAGGAAAAGUUGCAAGGUGAAAGUGCACUUUCUCUUGUUUCAAGACACCCCCAAAUCCUGUCUCGAGCAGGGUGAAAACAAUUAAAUGGUGACAGAUUCACUUAAUUAAAGCGUUUCUUAACCCGGAAAAUGUAUACGAUUCGUGCCUCAAAAUGCACACACAAAAUUCUAUAAAAACAAGCAAAUUAUACAAAAAGUGUAAGUGAAUAAAGCUACCUCAGCAACUCCACACUUUUCAGCAGUACAAUUUAUCACUAAUUAACAAGAAAUGAGAUUACAUUCCACCAAAUGUAUACGAUUUGAUGCCUCAACAUAAAUUAAAAAAAAACGAAACGUCGAAUUCUUAAAAUUUUUAAAAUUGCUACCGGUAUACGAUUUAUGUAAAGACUUUAACAACGAUAAACUCUGUGUGAAACACGAUACGACUAAUAAUUCUGUGACUUUUCCUAAAAAAAGGAGACAAAUUUAACUUCCUCACUGAAAUAAUAUGUUACAUUUGAACAAUAAAUUAUGGAUUUUACGGGAAUAUUUAUAAUUCUGGAAAUAUGGUUCAAAAAUAGAAUAAAAACGCAAUAAUUGUGAUAUUACUAUUGGUUCAAGUGAAAAUCAUCUACCUCAAAAAGCUACGAAUAAGCUUACUAGUAAAAAAAAGUUAUCCAACUCGGAGGCGAAGUGAGACUUCCAAAUAAAGUCAUUCCGUCUCAAAUCAUCUCAAAUUCGAGUCGUCUCAAAUUCCCACACCACGAUCCAAAAUAACAAUCAGAAAUUAUAAAUAAAUAAAACUGUUACAACCUCAAUUUACUAACUAUAAGAAAACUUAAUAUUUAACUUGGAUAAUUACAUGUUAUAUAAUUAGAUAAGCACGUGGCACAGCAUUACAUUUACAUUUCGUGGGGAAAUUGAGACUCGCGACGAGCUGGAGCAUUAGUGUGUAAAGAGGGGAGCGAAAAAAAGCAACUGGGCCACUUUUAUGGUCCGUGGUCAGUUUUACGGAGGAGGAGAAACUCACAAAAAACUACGCACCUUUUCACCCGCUUUCACCCGCUCCGGGAUGAGUCCCACUCGUCCGAAAUGGGACAAAUCCCUUUAGUGACUACCUCCCCUAAACCAGAGUCCGACUAUAAAAGAUUAUUCAUAAAAGCACUCGUACUUCCGGUCAAAACUUUCUGGCCCACACAAUUAGCAUACGACCACGUGGUGACGAAAAAUUAACAUUUUCUUCAAAUCCUUCGGGUCGUGCCAUGGACGAAGGUGGUGUUCCCCCCGAAACGGGUGGGUAUGACGCUGAAGAAGACCUUCUUCCCGGAUCCAGUUCAAGCAGCGAGGGUCGCCGAAAACGGAGGCGGAAGACAAAGUCGGCACGACAUCACCACCAAAAAGUGACCAGAAUUUCAUCCCCCGCCCCCCGAAUAAUGGAUGGGGACUUGGCGGUGGAGACGUGUCACUUCCACUGGCCCAACCACCUCCCCCACAUCCUCGCCUCGUUCGAAGCCCUCCUCACCGAGGAGACCUUUUGUGACGUGACGCUGAUUUGUGGGGACGAAAUGGUCCCCCUGCGAGCCCAUCGACUCGUCCUGUCCGCAUGUUCGGACUACUUUGAGCGGAUCUUGACCGAGAACCCGUGCUCCCAGGCGGUCAUCGUCCUCAAGGAUUUCGCCGUCUGGGAGGUGGAGGCCCUGCUCGACUGGAUGUAUCGAGGCCAGGUGGGCGUCACGGAGGAAAACGGAGACGCGCUGGUCAGCACGGCCAAAUCAUUGCAGAUUCGAGGACUUGCCGAAUCCCUUCUUUGGCAUAUAAAUCCACCCUCCAAGAUCCCGAAAAUCGACAACUUUUCCCCCGAAAAUUCCAACCCUGCGACCACUCCACUUAACCUGUCUCGCCCAACGAUCUCAUCACCAAAUAAGGAGGAACAGGAUCCCUACCACCAUUCAGUCCCCACUUCCGGUUUGGUCUCCUUUCAAGAAGAAAACAGUCCCCAUAACCCCUUGGACUUCACUCGGGUCCAAAAUCACUCUCCUCCACCGACUCGCUCCAGUAUCCCCCUGCCCCGGCGAAAACAAGCCCGACCUCGCCGAAGGAGUGGAGAUUUCAUCGCCCAAGACUUAAGAAAACCAUCUCCUGCUUCCGGCUUUCUCAGUCGAGAACAGAGCGACGCCGAGGAGCACGUCGCCUUCCGAUUUGAUGACGAUGAUGACGAAGAAGACGACCCCUUCGUGUUUGACGAGGACUUCGCCCACGAUCACGAUCCGGGGAUGAAUGACCGGUCAUCCCUGGAGGGUGAAGUCUUCUCCUCAGUUUCCCCAAAGGAGGAGGAGGACGAGAACGAGGAAAAAUUUCUUCGGCGGACAAGAAGAUCAUCUCGUUUCCUGUACGACGACGAGUACGACGAGGACGAUGGGGAGUUUGAGGGUCACGAAAUACUCGACUACACGAUGCCACCUUCGAAUACUUUGAGUAGCAGGGAAGAAAGGGGGACGGACCUUAAACAGACCGCGAGAGAGGAACGAGUCCUUCUCCCUCCAGGAACCGUAGGAAAUGGCUCGUUGCAUCAGCAGAACCUCGUUUUUCUACGGGGAUAUAACCCCACCAUGGCACAAGGCGGAAAGUUUAUGAAUCCGGGCGAGAUACACCAUCACCACCGCAAUAAUAAUCUCAACCACCACAAGGGGCCCUUUUCUCCCCCGGUCCGGUCUCCCUUUCCCCUCAAUGCCGACCCACUCCUCGCCUCGUUCCCCUUUCUGCCAGGCCUCCUCCCUCCACCCCCGCACCUCCCCCUCUCCUCCCCCACCGGCAAGAGGAACCCGUCCCCCCUCAGCCCUGCCCCAUCCCUCCCACCAAACUCCUUCCUCUCCACGUCCGGAGCAAUCCAAAUCACACCGCUAGGCGGAGAUCCAGAAAGUCCGCAUAAAACGACCCCCACGACGAACUCGUCCCCAGCGGAAUUUUCACCGGGGGGACAGACGCACGAAUCUGGGAGUAAGCAACAAGUCCAGUCCAGCAGCAGAAACGGGGGAAAGCAGGUCAACCGGAAUCACUACCAUCACCAUCACCACCCCCACUGGCCGGGAAUCUCACCGCUCGGACCUCCCCCCAUUUUUGGCAGGCAUCGCGCCCAACAUAGUGCACCCAGGGGAGGCAAGUUAUCCCAGUUUUUACUAAUUCGAACGAAAAAUUUCCUUGCUUUUUCCAUAAAUAAAGUGUGGAACAUGUUUGGCUUGCUUUCCAGGUCCGCCACGUGCUUGGAGCAAUGCCGACCUCACUGA